CACACUGACCUCUACACUUCAAGAACCCAAAAGAAGCUCCUCCAUUAAAAGGAUUUAAAGCUGAUUGCACUGACUCCUCACAGCUGGGGGAUCAAGAAUAUUUAUCAGAUUAUCUUUCCUAUAAAACUGUUGAUCUUUUACACUAAAGAGGAAAAUCCUUCAUUCCUGAAGAUGCCCUGCGCCUCUUCCCGGCUGAAACUUUAAGCUCUUGAGCUGUUUUAUUUUUUCCCCUCAUUUGAAGAUCCCAAAGCUUUUUUUCCCCCCUUCAUUUUGACAGCUGACAGCUGUUCACCAUAGGGGCCGUUGGCUCGUUGUGCAGGAGGAUGGCUGGGUGUUGUGUAUCUGCAGAAGACCGGGAGACCAAGAGAAUCAACGAUGCCAUAGAGGAGCAGCUGAGGAGAGACAAGAAGGAUUCCCGCAGGGAGCUGAAGCUGCUGCUGUUAGGCACAGGUGAGAGUGGAAAGAGCACCUUUAUCAAACAGAUGAGGAUCAUUCACGGAGGAGGAUACACUGACGAUGACAAGAGGAGUUACGCAAAGCUGGUCUACCAGAACAUCUACACAUCAAUGCAGACCAUGAUCCGAGCCAUGGGGCCGCUCGGCAUAUCCUUCUCUGAUCCACAGAACAAGAAAAAUGCCGACUCCGUCCUGGAGGUGGAGGUGGACAAGGUGGAGGAGCUGGAUCAGAACCUUGUGGUUGCGAUCAGGAACCUGUGGAAUGACGGUGGAAUCCAGGAGUGUUACGACCGACGCAGGGAGUACCAGCUGUCCGACUCCACCAAAUACUAUCUGACCGACUUGGACCGGAUUUCCCAGCCUAGUUACCUGCCUGACCUCCAGGACAUCCUCAGAGUCAGGGUGCCAACAACCGGUAUCAUUGAAUACCCUUUUGACAUGGAGAACGUCAUCUUCAGGAUGGUGGAUGUUGGAGGUCAAAGGUCAGAGAGGAGAAAGUGGAUCCACUGCUUUGAAAACGUCACCUCAAUCAUCUUCUUGGUGGCGCUCAGUGAGUACGACCAGGUCUUGGCGGAGUGCGACAAUGAGAACCGCAUGGAGGAGAGCAAAGCCCUGUUUAAAACCAUCAUCACCUACCCCUGGUUUGAGAAGUCCUCCGUCAUUCUGUUCCUCAACAAGACCGACAUCCUCAAAGAGAAGAUCAUGUACUCUCACCUAGCCACCUACUUUCCUGAAUUCACAGGACCUCAGCAGGACCCCAAAGCAGCUCAAGAAUUCAUCCUCAAAAUGUACCAAGAACAAAAUCCCAACAAGGACAAGAAGCUGUACUCUCACUUCACCUGUGCCACAGACACCGAAAACAUCCGCUUAAUCUUUGUGGCUGUGAAAGACACCAUCCUCACCGCCAACCUUAAGGACUUUAACCUGGUGUAGCUGCCAAUAAGGGAAAGCCCACCCAGCUGUUCACCCAUACUUGAUAUGAAGGCUUACCAGGAUCAGAUCAUAUCCCACAAGAUCCAAUUUAGCUGAACAGGCAGAACAUGAAUUGUGUAGGAGUGAUUUUGUAUAGAUGAAGUUGAUUUAUUUCCGGUUCUUGUGUAAAGAAUAGUUUAAAGUUGUAGUUAAAAUGUGAAUGCUAAAGAGAGAUAACUUAUUGACUUACUUAUAAUGUGUGAAUAACUUUAUCUGAAAAUAUAUAGAACAUUAUCUGAGAGGCUUUAACUAAUAUAUAAUCUCAUUUAGAAGAUGCAAAAAGCUCCUUUAGGCACUCAUUUCCCUGAAAGAGCCUAAUUUACUCCGGUUUCUCUUGUUUAGAUGUACAUAAUCUGCAAUGUAUCCGUAUAAACUGCACCUCUUUGUUUAAGCAAAUAUUCAAAUAUUACUUGUUGAUAUUGAUGCAAAAAAACUGAGAAGCACACAAAUAUAGUUGUUGGUAAUGCAGAUUAAUAAAGAUUGCACUGAAGUUUGAAUAAUAUAUUUUAUUUCAUCUUGAAAAGAGCAAUAAAAAAAAACUUUAAGCAGGAAACAUUCUGCCAAACCCCCUCCAAAAAGAGAGAAGAAAAAGAAAAUACCGGCAUCAGAAAAAUGUACUCCUAUUAGUAGUCGACUCGAACCGUAAACAGCAGCUGAUAGUAAUUAGAAUUCCUUUACUUUUAAAUAAACAUUUCUCUGCAUAUUUCUUUCAGAAAGUUUGCAUUGCAUAUUUGUCGUACAAAAACAUAAAAGCGACCACAGCACUAUCUGUAUCCCACAGACUGACGUGAGCGGGGUUACAAACAGGAUGAUAUUAAAUGAACAUACAUCAGAUAGAAUGCAGUAUAAAAAAUAGCAUGCAUCUGUAAAGUCUUCUUUUAUUAAAAAAAA